UGCGGCUGCGCAGUCCGUACCAUCUUCUAGACUCCUGGGCCCUGUUGCGUUCUCUCUGGUGCAGGUUUACUCCAGUUCCAGCAUGUGGAGCCGACAGCGGGGCCGCCUCAAGCCGUUAUGCUGCGGGGUGGAGGAGCUACGGUGCCGCCGGCGGGAGCGGGAGGCAGCACUGCGGAAGGCACGGAGAGAGCAGCAGCUGGUCAGCAAGAGGCUGCUGAGAGACGAAGCCUUGGAGGAAGCCGAGGAGGGAUGUGUGGCCAUGAUCUUCGGGGAAGCCGAGAUCCAGCAGUUCCUGCAGUUAGCCCAGCGGGGGACAGAGGAAAAGGAGAGAGAGGGGGCUCUGGUCAGCCUUCGGCGAGGCUUGCAGCGCCCUGAGACGCAACAGACCUUCAUCAGGCUGGAGGGCAGCAUUCGGACCCUAGUCGGGCUCCUGACCAGCAACCAGGCCCUGCUGCAGCUUGAGGCGGCUCGGUGCCUUCAUGAGCUCUCUCACUCUGAGCAGUCUGCAGUAGUUGAGGCCUGCCUGCCAGCCACUUCCUACCUUCUCACCUACCUCUCCGGUCACAGCUCAGACUUUAUAGAGCUCUGUCUGUAUACACUGGGUAACCUGAUUGUGGAGAGUGAGGCUGUGAGAAGGCAGCUCCUGCCACAGGGCAUUGUUCCGGCCUUGGCUGCCUGCAUCCAGUCUCCCCAUCUGACUGUGCUGGAAGCUCUUGGAUAUGCCUUGUCCCAGCUUCUGCAGGCUAAGGAAGCUCCAGAGAAGAUCAUCCCCUCUGUCCUGGGCUCCACUCUCCCACAACAUAUGCUGCAACUGUUGCAACCUGGCCCAAAGCUGAACCUCGGAGUAGCUGUGGAGUUUGCCUGGUGCCUUCACUACAUCAUCUGCAGCCAGGUCAACAAUGCCCUGCUCAUCACCCAGGGUGCUCUGUCCACCCUGGGGCUGCUGCUGUUGGACUUGGCUGGGGCUGUCCAGAGAACUGAGGAUGCAGGACUGGAGCUGCUGGCAUGCCCUGUGCUUCGGUGUCUAAGCAACUUGCUAACAGAGGCAGCAGCAGAGGCUGUGGGAGGGCAACUGCAGCUCCGAGAUGAGCGUGUUGUGGCAGCCUUAUUUAUCCUCCUGCAGUUCCUCCUCCAGAAACAGCCCAGCCUGCUUCCUGAGGGCCUCUGGCUCCUUAACAACCUCACUGCAAACAGUCCUAGUUUCUGCACCUCCUUGCUCUCCCUGGAUCUGAUUGAGCCCCUCUUGCACCUGUUGUCUGUAUCUAAUGUGGUGAGCGUGUUGAGAAAGGUCCUGCUUACUGUCAGCGUCUGUGGCCAGGGCCCCUGCUCUCCUCCUUGCUGGACACGUUGGCCUUCUCUGACACUGAAGUAGUAGGCCAGAGUUUGGAGCUGCUGCAACUGCUGUUCCUCUAUCAGCCAGGGGUGGGUUUCUGGCCUUAGUCCCCAGUCCUUCUGUUCUGAAGCCUCUGGUCUCACCAUGGCCCCUUUCCUUCCAGUAACUUUAGUCAUUGCUCUGGGCCUGGCUAGCCUAUGUGGGCUCCAGGUCCGAACUUCCAUACUCUUGUUGGGAAUGCAUUCUUCCAAGAAGAGGUGGGCUAACCCAUAAGGCUGUGGUAAUUGCGUGUUAGCACUGAGGGACCCAGUGUUGAAUCCUUUUCUUCCCUGCUCUCAGGCUGCCCAGGCCUUCUUGCAGCAGUCAGGGCUGCAGGCCCUACAAAGGCAUGAGGAGGUAGCACAGCUCCAGGAUCGUGUGCAUGCUCUCCAACAGACAGCUCUUCAUGGGUGACUUGACUUCUCAAAGUCAUGUACUCCACUCCUCAUCUCCCCCACUCCCCAGCUUCCUGGCCCACAGAGCCCCUGUGGGAGGUUUAGAACCAUAAUGACAUCAUGCCCUCUGCUCCCACACCUAAGCCUAAGUCAAGAUCUCUGGAUCCCAGCUCCUCCUGUUUUACCCAGCAAUGUCCAGGCGGGAGGACCAGAGGGAACCCACGUGGCCUACUUAAUCUGGGUCCAUAGAAUCUCCUUUUUUCUUGUUCUUUCUUUCUUUUUUCUUCAGCAGCUGGUGGCUUUUCAUGGGAUGGAAUAAAAUAAGUUUUAUUUUUA